AUGUCUGAGACGUUCAUACCUCUUCGAUCGCGUGAGAUCAGGCGAUACCUCCCUGGCAAGCUAUUGAAGCUGUACCCGUACACCCCAGCCGAUCCCCACGGUAGCAAUGACUACCCCGAAAACGAUCUGCCGGUCGACCUCCAGCCCGGUUGGGUCCGCGGAUUCGACCCGACGAAUGUGUUCGACCCCGACAUCGUUCUCAAGGUGGACCAGCAGCUUGCAACAGGCUACGACAGGCAGUCUCAAGUCACCCUCUGCUCGUUCGUCAAAACCCCUUCUCAACAUGACGACGACAAACAUGCACCCCGUCGAGGAAAAGCCUACCCAACACAGGUUGUUGCCAAAUCGUUCGACGCUGCCUUGUACAGCGACUUUUACGGAAUCAGUCACGACCAGCGAGCAGACUCCGACCUCAGCAUCGAACACGCUGCGUACAACCAUAUGUACGGCAGGGGAUUGACCGGCUAUCCCCACCUCACGCCAGAGUACUACGGCACGUACGUUGCGGUGUUCGACCUCGGCGUGGAUUAUUCUGGACGUCGACGGUACCGAUGCUCCGGCGUGGUUCUGAUGCAGUACAUCCCCGGCAUCUCCGUUGAGAACCUCUGCAAUCGCCCCAACGGCACGGAGCUAGCGCCCCCUAGAAUGCACCCGUUUAAAGGAGCAAGCGACGAUCGUGAAGUGUUCCUGGAUGACGAUUUCAGAAAGGAUGUUAUCCGACAGUUCCUUGACGGCGCGGUCCGCAUGUUGCACGUGGGAAUAGAACACGAUUCUGCUGAACCGCGCAAUUUGUUCGUCACGAUGAUGAAUGACGACGAAGACUUGGAUGCGCCGUGGGUCGUCAUCAUCGACUACACCCUCACCCAAGUACUGCGAUUUACCAAGGAGGGACGGGAAGACCCGGACGAUCCUGUCCAGGGUAUAGAGAAGCUUCCACUCCCUCCUCAUCCCUGGGAGAGGUUCAGCUUCACGGCGUUGGGAAAAUUCGUUGGAUGGUACCCUUUCUCCCGCUACUACAACCUCAGAACGAACAAAUACGAAGAGAAGCCAAUCUUUGCGAAGGAGAUCGUUUGGUGCAAGCAAGGUCGACCGGUCAACUGGGAUGAAGCAAGCGAAGAGCAAAGGAAAGAGUUCAGGCAGGUUCCGAGCUUCGUCUACAACAAGAACGGCAAAAAGGUUGUCGAGGCUGAGAAGGAAUUCGAUGCUUGGCUCAUUGAUACUUUUGACCCCAUUGUGGAAGGAUCGGAAGUCGGCGGUAACUACUCUACCUUCGAAACGCUGCGACGAAUCGAAGAUGCAGAUCAGAAGCCAGAGACUGAUCAACUGUGA